CAGGUUUCUGUCCUCUUCUGGACCGCUGAUGGGUUUUGAAUGCCUCUCUGUGCCUGGAUGGGCGAGAAAUGAACUGUAGCUGGAAUGCAGCCGUGCCCCCCGUGAGCGUGCAGAUGCACAGGGGCAGCCGGGCAGCUGCUUAAGCCCUCAGAAUGAGCUGCUCGCAAGCGCAUCUGGAGGCUGCCGGGGGAAACCGCAUCCUCUAGGCGAACUUGCAAGUGCCUUGAGCAGCGGAGAGCCAGACAUUGACUGCUGGAUGCUGGAAUCCUUUGUGAGUUCAUAGGAGAAGGUUUCCUGCUCUGCCCUGCUGCGAGAGAAAUGCCUUUUGCAAGGGACGCCUCCCGCCGCAGCACUCCGACCGCCUAGCGACCUGUGGAUCCCAGAGCUCAGGAUGUGCAGACCCUGGGCAGCUGUGAACGUCUUCAUGGUUUCCUUCCUGCAUCUGCUGCAAGGAUCUGACUACGAGAAUGGCUCUGUGAAGAGGACAUCCCUGUCAGCACUGGAGCAGUCAGAACAGCAGAUCAGGAGAGCAUCCAGCCUGGAGGAGCUGCUGAGGAUCACCCACUCAGAGGACUGGAAGCUGUGGAAGUGCAGGCUGAAGCUGAAGGGCCUGGCCAGCCUGGACUCCAGGGCUGCAUCCCACCGCUCCACCAGAUUCGCUGCUGCCUUCUACGACAUUGACACACUGAAAGUGAUAGACGAGGAGUGGCAGAAGACUCAGUGUGUGCCGAGGGAAACCUGCGUGGAAGUGGCCAAGGAGCUGGGCACCACCACCAACAAGUUUUUCAAGCCCCCCUGCGUGACCGUGUUCCGGUGCGGGGGCUGCUGCAACGAGGAGAGCCUGAGCUGCGUCAACACCAGCACCACCUACGUCUCCAAGACGCUGUUUGAGAUCUCAGUCCCCCUGACAAGUGUUCCUGAGCCUGUGCCCAUCAAAGUUGCCAACCACACAGGCUGCAAGUGCCUGUCGAACACCCAGCGCCAUCAGUACACCAUCAUACGGAGGUCUGUCCAGGACCCAGAAGAGGAUGGGUGCCCCUUCAGCAACAAACUGUGCCACAAUGGAUGGGUGUGGGACAGUGACAGAUGUGAAUGUGUGGUAGAUGCACAGCACGUCAGCAGACGAGAAGAGCUCCCACCCCUUGCUGAGCUGGCUAUGUGUGGACAGCACAUGGAGUUUGAUGAAGAAAAUUGUGAAUGUGUCUGCAGGCAGAAGUGCCCCACGGAUUUCCUUCAGAGUAAAGAGAACUGCAGCUGCUAUUUGUGCAGGGAGAGCCAGGAGAGCUGCGCUCUCAAACACAAGAUAUUUCACCCUGAGACCUGCAGCUGUGAGGACAAAUGUCCCUCACAACCCAGAAUGUGCCCAACGGCCAAACCAGUGUGCCCCAGGCACUGCCGCUGCCCGAAGGAGAAGAGAGGUCCUCACGGGUCCCAGAGCAGAGAAACUCCCUGACUGAGCUCCCCCAGCCUUCCAAUUCCACUGCUUUGCAAAGUAGCUGUCACUGACUCUCAACUGUAGCCAGCAGGAGCCUCUUCCACAGCGAGAGCAGCAGAAUGAGUCCAGCCUGCACUUAUUUAUUACUCACUAACUGCAGGGGAAUCCUCUGGGACACUGCUAAUUGUUCUCUGGGAGGCACCGACCACUCACAGCUGCUGGAGGCAAGAGUGGGAAGAGCCAGCCCAGCGGCCUGGAAGAUGAAGGUGGCACCUUGGUGAUAGCCACAGCCCCCAGAAGGCCUAUCAGAGACCGGCAGUAGCUGACCUCAGCCACCCAGUCCUUAGCUAAAGCAGCUCCUGGGUGAAGCUUCCCUCAGAGAGGCAGUGCAGAGGGUCAGGGGCUUCUAGCAGGGUCAGCACAGAGUCCUCUGAGCUGCUCUCCAGCUUCUCCAUGACCACCUGGAGUGUCUUGCACAACUGCUGUCAGAUGUGCCCAUAUUUAAGUGUAUAUAAGAAAAU